GUGUGCAAGUGCGACGCCCACCUCACAAGUACUAACCCGGAGUGGGCUUUAAGUUUUCGUAUCACGCUCGGUAAUCCUCUGUCGCAGUGGAAAUGAUGCUUGCAAGGUUGUAUUCGGGGCUUGCUUGUGCCGCAGUUGCACUUGCAGCCCCAUCGUAUACCCCGUCCUACGAUUUUAUUGUCGUCGGCGGUGGCACAGCAGGCGUCGCCGUUGCUGCUCGUCUCAGCGAGGGCCUCCCCUACGCCUCGAUUCUCCUCAUCGAGGCUGGGCCUGCCGCCUGGGAUGAGAACAAGAUCAACGUCCCGGGCAUGAAGGGGUCAACCCUCGGAACCACGUACGACUGGAACUUCACCACUGUCCCGCAAGCUGGCGCCAAUGACCGAUCCUUCCCCGUCAACCGCGGCAAGGUCUUGGGGGGAAGCUCCGCCAUGAACCUCAUGACCUACGAUCGUGCUGCCGCCGCCGAGUAUGAUAGCUGGGAGGAGCUGGGCAACCCGGGUUGGAACUGGAAGACCAUGAUCAAGGCCAUGAAGAAGUCCGAGACCUUUACCGGCAAGAACACUGCUACAUACGGUUCCGCGGGCGUGGGUGACAAGGGUCCCGUCCAGGCAGUCAUCAACCGUGUCAUUCCAGACCAGCAGAAGACUUGGAUUCCUACCAUGAACAAGCUUGGUAUCAAGACCAACCUCGAGUCUCUGGGUGGCAAUCCUCUCGGUGUCAUGUACCAGCCAAGCAGCAUUGAUCCCGAGACUUACACCCGCUCCUACAGUGCCAACGCCUACUCAACCAUUUACGGCCACAACUUGCAGAUCCUCACCGAUACCAUCGUGGACAAGGUCACCUUGGUCAAGAAGGGCAAGCAGCAAGUUGCCACUGGAGUUGUCCUCCAAGAUGGGACGCAAAUCAAUGCACGCCGCGAGGUCAUUAUUUCGGCCGGCUCGGUCCAGAGCCCUGGCCUACUCGAGAGGUCAGGCGUUGGCAAGAAAUCCGUCCUCUCCGCUGUCGGUGUCAAGCAGAUAAUCGACCUCCCUGGUGUCGGCGAGAAUCUCCAAGAUCACCUCCGCAUCAUGAGCUCCUACCAGCUCAAGCCAGAAUUCACCUCGUUCGAUAUCCUCCGCAGCAACCCUCUCGUCGCUGCCCAGCAACUUGCGCUCUGGGUCCUCGGCAAACUCUCCCUGUACGACUACACGGGCAGUGCGUACACCUUUACCACUUGGAAGCAGGCCAUUGGCAGCGACAAGAAUCUUCUGGCUCUGGCCAAGAAGGCAGUCGGUAAGGAUGCCAGCAAGGUGGAUAAGAAGAAGCUAGAGUUCAUGAAAGACUCAUCGAUUCCCCAGUUGGAAGUCAUCUUUUCAGAUGGGUACACUGGAGUCAAGGGUUAUCCGGCAAGCACAUCAACACUCUUUGGCAAGGGCUUUUUCACUCUCAUUGCCGUCGUCAUGCACCCUUUGAGCCGAGGAAGCAUCCACAUCAACUCAGUCGAUCCCGCAGCAAAGCCCGUCAUCGAUCCCAACUACUUCGGCAAUGAACACGACCUGGAGGCUGUUGUCCAGGCCGUCAAGUACUCCCGAAAGAUUGCCACGACCGAGCCGAUGCGGUCAGUAUGGGAAAACGAAUACGAGCCUGGCAUGGACGAGGUCCAAACCGAUGACCAGCGAAGGGAGUACGCCAAGAAGACCGCUCUCAGCAUCUUCCAUCCCAGUGGCACCUGCUCUAUGCUUCCCAAGGCUGACGGAGGUGUUGUCGAUCCCAAGCUGAAGGUCUAUGGUACCAGCAACCUCCGAGUUGUAGAUGCCAGUAUUAUGCCUCUCCUUAUUUCCGCGCAUAUCCAGACAGCUGUCUAUGGCAUUGCCGAGAUUGCCGCUGAAUUGAUCAUUCGCGAUCUCAAGUACUAGGAUUCAACCAUUGCGUUUCUCUUCCAGGGGCUGGUAUAGGGUAAUCGGGGUGACCCGAGGUUGUAAUCUGGUAAUAAACUUCAAGAUAGACAUUCAAUUCUGAAUUUGAGACGCUGUGGUAUCAGCAGAUGCCCGUCAUUCUGGAACCCAAAUAUAACAAAACGUUUGGCAAGAAACCUCAAGCUAAUGUAAUUCCUGCGCACUUCGGUGAAGAUCAUAAACAGACGAUUUACUACCGGAGAACACUCCCCGGAUGCAUGAUCUGAUUUUGAU